AUGAUGACCAUGGAUGACCUUCCAAAACCUUCUAAGGGGCAGCUCGGGAGUAAGAAGCGGAAAGAAGUGGAGCGUACUACUGCCACGGAGAAGGUCAGUAAAACGGCGCGCGUUGCUGAGCCAGCUGUGGAAACCGCGACAAAACCUCGGGCAAACAAGCCACCACGAGCUGAGAAGAUAGCGGUGGGUAGCUCUGCGGGCCCAUCUGUGCAACAAACCUUAACCGAUAUGCCUGGUUUCGAGGCCAUUGUCCCGACCCAUUAUCGUGAAGUGAGACUUCAUUCGGGAGUCGCUUCGUCUCUCACCGCAGCGUAA